AUGGAUAUAGUACAUAGAUUACAUUAUUUAGUGUUAUCUCAAAAGUCUGAUUUGAUGACUAUGGAUAGAGAACAAAGAAUGCGCAUGCGACGGCAAUCAAGUCUUCCUGAUUAUAGCAAAACAAACAAAACCAGGCAACGUCUUGAACAAGCUUAUUUUAAUGAUAGAGAGCUGUUUGCAGCGAAGGCUGACAGUAGCGCAACCGCUGCUGACCGGAAGUUAUCUUCAUCAUCUGCUGGCAGCAUGAAGAAUAAGUGGUUGAAAGCCUUCCGUAGUCUUAAACCCCCCAGUGCACCACCCCCACAUGCAGCACCACCGGACAAGAGGAACGGCGCCGCUCGUGAGAUGCGCUCAGGCGGUGAAUCAGACGCGCAUAAUUUUCAAGAAUACACCUACAAGAAAAUUACUCCCUGCGACGUUUGCUCUCAAGUUCUUAGAGGGCACACCCGACAAGGACUACGAUGCAGGAUUUGUAAGAUGAACAUACAUACGGAUUGCAUGCCGCAGGUCGGCAAGUGUCAAACUAAAUCUCGUCUUCUGCGUAGACAAAAAAGCACUUCUGAAAUUGAAGCCCACCGAGUACAAGAUGCAGCGUUCGACGAAGAAAGGGUGGAGGACGGCUGGCUGCCAGGACAGAGACUUACCAAGAUCUCUUUCAAGAGAUCAGUCGAGUUCGAUGAUGAUUUCGAUAGCUACUAUGACGAGGAGGAGGAAGUGGAUCAAACGUAUCAAGUUCUGAAGCGAGCCAACGAAAUAGCGAAGCCGGGUGGCGGGGAAUCGCGCGGGGGCCCCGUAGUGCGCGUGUCGGCGCCUGAGGAGCCUCCGCCGCCGCGCUCGCCCGCCCGCCCCAGUGCCGGCCUGGCGGUGGCGCCCCCGGUCUCCUCCAGCUCAGGUCUGGUGCCGCACAGGGGCGAGCUCGCUUCUCCGCUCGUUUCGCACCAAGGGCGGAUC